CUCCAACAACUACCACAAUCAACAACACUCAAACAACCGUCACUCGCCUUCAAAUCCGCCAAGAUGAUGUUCAAGACCACCACCGUCCUCGCCCUCGUCGCGGCCCUCGCGCCCAGCGCUCUUGCCGCUCCGGGCUCGGAUUCCAACGUCGAGGCCCGUCAGCUUCCCGCUGACUGCCCUCGCAACGAUAAUGCGUGUGGGUGGUACCUGAUCGACCACAACUGCAUCUCCACUGAUCGAAAUGUGGCGGAACGAUUUCUGGUGAACCUUACCGACACACCUAUCGGGAGCGUCUUCACUGCCAUUUACCACGUCAACGCCGACGGCGUCCCGGACAGGUUCGUCAAGCAGUGCGGCCAGGCUAGCUGCAGCGAAAAGGGCCUUGGAAGACCGGAGACCGUCUGCAAUGCUUGAAGCGCAUUCCACACCACAGUGGAGCGAUUCGUGGGCUGAACUGGGGGGAGUUGCUCGUGGGGGGGUUCCGGGCGAGCUUAGUCUAGCAAGCAAAAGGCCGCCCUGGGCCCCCCACAGGGGGUGUCGGGCUGUUUCAUUUGUUGACCUUCUAUUGUUUCCUUCGAGACUGUUCACCCGCUUGGCCAGCUAUUCACUCGUUGUGUUAUAGACUAGAAGGACUAGCUUCACGGCUACUGCUAGAAGGCAGAAACCAAUAAACGCGCG